AUGCAUCAGGAACUGAUAAGAGAGGUCAUCAAGCACUUUGAGCAGAAUGGUUUGCACCUGGUGCCCAUGAAGUUCCUUCAGGCUUCAGAAGAUCACCUGAUGCAGCACUACAUUGACCUGAAAGACCAUCCUUUCUUCCUGGGGCUGGUGAAGUACAUGAAAUAA